AUGAAAAUUGUGAUCGUUGGUGGUGGUCUUGGUGGAUUUGCAGCCGGAAUCGCCUUACUACAGUAUGGAUACACAGAUAUUACAGUUUAUGAACGAGACAUAGGUAUGGACAGUAGACGCCAAGGCUAUGGACUGACAAUUCUGCAAGGAAUCAGUGCACUGAAACGGUUACAAGUGUUCCAGCAAGUACACUCGCUAGAUACUCCUUCUAGAUCACAUUACAUUUUUGACAAAUAUGGAAGUAUGAUCGGUUUUUUUGGCACUGCAUUUUGGCCAGAACAGGACAAUCAGCCAAAAUCUAGGAAGAAGCAUAAUUUACAUAUUGAAAGACAAGAAUUACGAAGGAUUCUCAUGAACAGAUACAUUUAUUUGCAUCCGCUAGGUUCCCAAGGUAUUCAAUGGGAUCAUCGUAUUGUUCAGAUUGAUCGUGUCCUACGCAAAGUUUCAUUUACCAAAGACCAUACAGUAACUGGUGUUGAUUUGGUUAUUGGAGCUGACGGAAUCAAUGGUUUAGUACGUUCUUUCAAGUAUAGUCCUCUUGCAGAUGCUCCACUCAAUUAUUUGGGUAUAUUGGUGGUAUUAGGAAUUACUGGACGUAUCGAUCAUUUCCUUACAAAAGAUCGUGUAUUUCAAACUAUGGAUGGAUGCUUUAGACUUUUUGCUAUGCCAUUUUCGAAAUCCAGACCAGAACAAUCCAUUAUGUGGCAGCUGUCCUUCCCUGCUACCCUACCACUAGCAACUGAAUUAUCACGUGAUCCAGGAUCACUGAAGCAGAUGCUGCUAGAAAAAUGUGCUGAUUGGCACUCACCAAUACCUGAAAUGAUUGAAAGAACACAAUUGGAUCUGCUUAUGGGAAUACCAGCAUUUGAUAGAGAUCUAGUCCCAAUUUCAGAUCCAAAAUUGAAUGGUAUUCAAAUUGCACUCGUUGGUGAUGCUGCUCAUCCAAUGUCUCCUUUCAAAGGCCAAGGUGCCAAUCAAGCCCUGCUAGAUGCUGUUGAGCUGGUAGAUAUGAUCGCACAGAACAAUCAAGAUCUACAUUCAUCAAUUAGCCAGUAUGAAGAUCGGAUGCUAAAACGAGUCUACACCAAGGUUAUGCAAUCCCGAGAACGUGUUACAAGCUUCCAUAGACCGGAAGCACUAUCAACAGAAAAUUUUAUAUACCGUGGCGUUGACGAAGAACUGAUGAAGAAGCUGAAUAGCCUUGAAAUAAAUGUCCAUUGGAACGAUCCAAAAGUAUCCAUUGAACAAGCCAUUAUUGACAAAUUAAAUGGUAAAUGA